UUUGGUGCACUUAUGGUCACACUAUUCUUUUGAGAACUGGAAAGAAUAAUGAGAUAUCUACAAUGACUUUCUUCACAUUACUUGUUCUUCUAUGUCUACUGUGGCCAUCCUGCCUGCUGGGUGCCAAAACAUUUCUAAUCUACAAUGACUCCAGCAAGCAAUGUCUACAAGCAGAGAAUUCUGGGCUCGUCAUGGCUGAAUGUAAUGAAAAGUCUACAAUGCAGAAAUUUCAAUGGAUUUCUGAAGAUCAGCUUAUAAAUGUGGGGACAUCACAAUGUCUGUCUGUAUCAUCUCUAGUAGAAGGGUCAGCAGUGACGCUGAAUACAUGUGAUGGCAAAAGUGGCCUCCAAAAAUGGGAAUGUAAGAAUGAGACUUUGUUUGGGGUCCAGAAAGUUGAUCUUUACAUGACCGACAGAGAUAGAGGAAAAGUUGUUCUCUCUUCACAACCAAAAGACGGGAGUCGAUGGAAAAUCUAUUCAACUGACAAUGAUUUAUGUGUUAAUUCUUAUGAAGAAAUAUACACUGUAAAAGGAAACGGUAAUGGUCAACCCUGCAAGUUUCCUUUCAAGUUUGUCAACAAGAUUUAUGUAGACUGCACAACUGUUGGACGAUCUGAUGGAAGGCUCUGGUGCUCUACAACUUCAGAUUAUGACGCAGACAGACUGUAUGGACUAUGUCCAUCAAAAUCCACAUCUGAUAUCUUGUGGACAACGGAUUCUGUUAGUGGUGUCUUCUAUCAGAUUAAUUCCGAUUCAGCCCUCACUUGGCAUCAAGCGAGAAUAAGCUGCCAGCAACAAGAUGGAGAACUGCUGAGUAUAACUGAACUACAUGAACAAGCCUACAUCUCAGGAUUACUGAAUGGUCUCACUACAGCUUUAUGGAUUGGGCUCAAUAGUCUGGACUUUAACAAUGGCUGGAGAUGGGAAGGUGGAGAUCCCUAUAGAUAUCUUAACUGGCUUCCAGGAAAUCCAUCAGAUGAACCCGGUGUGAACUGUGUAGCGGUAAAUCCUGGAAAAAGCGCAAAGUGGGAAAGCAAGGAAUGCAAACAAAAACUGGGCUAUAUCUGUAAGAAAGGCAACAGCAAGUCCUCAGAGGGUCCAUCACCAGGGACCAGUGACCCCACAUUUUGUCUUUCAUCAUGGACCCCUUAUAAUGGAUACUGCUAUAACCUGGUUAGUGAAUCAAGGGCUUGGAAGGACGCCUUGUCAUCUUGUAGGAAAGAAGAGGGUGAUCUUGUAAGUGUGCACAAUAUUGAAGAAGCAAGUGCUAUUGCCUCACAGUUUGAGUUCGGAGAUGCAGAGUAUGUUUGGCUUGGGUUGAAUGACUUGAAGACUCAUCUAUUUUUUGAAUGGAGCGAUGGAUCUCCAGUGACGUAUACGACAUGGCAGAGAGGAGAACCAUCUCACCUCAAUAACAGACAAGAGGAUUGUGUUGCAUUAUCCACUAAGAACGGACAAUGGGCGGACGAGAAAUGUCAGAAAAUGUUCCCAUAUAUGUGCAAAAAAAAAUCCCUGCCAAGUGACCAAGGGCCAGUUAUCGAUGAUCACCCUGGAUGUGAUGAGGGUUGGAGGAGACACGGCUUCUAUUGUUUUCUGAUAGGUGAAGCCCCUAGUACAUUUUCACAAGCUAACAGCACAUGUGACCAUCAUGGAGCCUUUCUGAUGACUAUUGAGGACAGGGUUGAACAGUCAUAUAUAACAAGUCUGAUUGGGUUUAGACCUGAGAAAUAUUUCUGGACCGGGCUUUCUGAUACGGAGAAUAAGAACACUUAUAAAUGGGCCAACGGGCAAAAGGUUUUAUAUACACACUGGAAUGUUAACAUGCCAGACAGAAGACAGGGCUGUGUAGCUGUGAGAACUGGAAACAAAGCUGGAUUAUGGGAUGUUAUAGACUGUGAAGAGAAGUCUAAGUAUGUGUGCAAAAAGUUGGCGCAAGGAGUGACACCACCGCCACCUAUCCCGACAACAACAGCAGAACCAACGUGUCCAAGUAAUUGGAGUUCACUAGGCCAUGCAUGCUACAAGUAUUACUCUUCAGAAAAUUAUGAAACAAAGACCUGGUUUGAAGCAAGAUACUUCUGCAGAGCUUUAGGAGGUGACUUGCUCAGUAUCACCAGCGAGGAGGAUGAGACGAUUGUCCUUAAUAAAAUGGGAACCAAGGACUUUGGGCCUAUGUGGAUUGGUCUAGUGAUCAACAAUAUCUAUGAAGGUUUUACGUGGUCAGAUGGAAACCCACUGAUUUAUCAAAACUUUAUGACAAAAAGCAAUGUAGAUGGGAGUGAGUUCUGUGUGAUUCUGCAAGGCAAUGGUUGGCACUCUGCACCCUGUGAUGAAGCAAGGCCAUGGAUUUGUAAGCUUAAAAAAGGAGCGGUGUUACAGGAAGAACCAAAACCUAUUGAAUAUAAAUUUACAAGUGACGGCUGGCUAAUCUAUAAUGACAGCCAAUACUAUAUUAGCAAGGAUCAACUGCCAAUGGAGAAAGCGCAAGAAUUUUGUAAUCACAAUUUUUCCCAUCUUGUCACCAUUAAUAGUGAAUCUGAGCGGAGAUUUCUCUGGAGAUAUCGUAACUGACAACAGAGUUGUAUUAAUAGACUACAGUGCAGCCCUGAGUGUACAAAUACAUAUAAAAGAAGGACCAUACAUGCAAAUAUUGAAGAGGUUGGACAAGAG